AUUUCCACUAUCAAACUUUAGCAAAAAUACUCUUACCAAGUACGUAUCUAUUAAAGAAAUUUUGGCAAAGGUAUCCAUUAAUAAAUGCCGCCAAUAUAUAGCGCCGUUUUUGUUAUGAUUGCGAAACAAUUUUAUAAUUUAUUGGUAAACAAACACACUAUAAAACAAGUGUAGAUAUGGCGGCCGGUACGACCAAUGAAGCAACAAAGACAUUCUCCGCCGGAAGCCUUGGAGAUAUAAACAAAAAUGAUGUUCUACUUGGUGCUUGCUGUAGCUGUGGCGACAGUUUCCGCUCAUCAUGAGCGGGAAGCACCGUCGCGUGCCGUAUGCUACCUAGUUGGGAAUAGUAUCCAGGGUAACCUCACGUUCACCCAGAGGAAUGAUGGGAAGGUGCAUGUCCAGGGGACUAUUACGGGUCUCCCGCAAGGCCGCUACGGAUUCCACGUGCAUGAGAAAGGAGACUUAAGUGGAGGAUGCUUAUCAACUGGUUCGCACUACAACCCUGAGCACAAAGACCACGGUCAUCCCACUGACGAGAACCGCCAUGUGGGUGACCUCGGCAACGUAGUCUUCGAUGAGAAUCACGUCAGCAAGAUCGACUUAGAUGACACUCUCAUUUCUUUGAACGGCCCCCACAGCAUCUUGGGCAGAGCUAUCGUACUCCACGAGAAAGCUGAUGACUUCGGCAGAUCUGACCACCCUGACUCCAAGAAGACCGGCAACGCUGGUGGUAGGGUUGCUUGUUGUGUCAUCGGAAGAUUGUAAAAUUCUAAGAUUAUGUUUUUAAGAGUAUAAACAAGUUCAGAUUCCAAUGCUCUUAAAUAGUUUUAUAGGAUUUGAUUGGAUUUGAAUUUCGAAUUUUCACAUAAGUUAUUUUCGCUAAAAUUAAGCAUAAUAUGUAAUUGUAACAAAACUUCAAUAGGAAUCAAUCGAUUUUAAUAACAAUACCUAUUGUCUUAACUGAUGUAUUUGUAAAGCUCUCUAUUUUUCCUUAUACUGAAUUGUAUUUCAAUUCCUUUGUCUGCCAGAUAAUCUAAAACGUCCGACUGUUAAAUAUAAAUGUCAGUCAUUGAAAUCAUUAAUUGCUUUUAUCAUUAUUGUGAUGCACUUGUUCAACAGGUUUAUAUCGCUAAGUAACAAUAUCCUUAUUGUAGUCUUGUAUUUAGUGUGUUUAUUAAAUUAUACUUUUUGAA